GAGCCAUACCACUGGCUUACAGCCUUUAGGGAGCGGUGCAAAUUAUGAGUCUGCAUCUCUGCUCCACCAUUUCAAUCUGUUUCGAGGCUCUACCAUGCUGUAAGAUACCUGAAGACCUGGUCGGAUGCUCAGCGUUACUGUAGAGUGAGGUUUACUGAUCUGGCUACAGUGGACAGUCUGAAUGAUGUGUACAGAGUGAUGAAUCAGGUGGAUCUAAGCUAUACUGGUCUUUUAUGGGUUGGACUGCAGAGAGCAGUGGGUACAAGCUGGUGCUGGUCUAUGGGAGAUGAGCCUCUAUCUGACUACUUUAACUGGGCUAAAGGAAACCCAAGUGGCAUUGGACAAUGUGUAUCACACAUGAAUGGUUUAUGGAAUGAUAAUGACUGUCAGACACUACUAUAUUUUGUAUGCUACAGUGAGGGUACGGGUUACAUCAUGGUCAAUAUUACAAAAACUUGGCAAGAUGCUCAGAGUUACUGUAGAAGCACCUACACUGACCUGGCUCGCAUCCACUCACCUUGGGAACAGAACAAAGUGAACAGUGUAGUCGGUAGAUGGGUUUCUGUCUGGAUCGGCUUGUUCCUAGACAAUUGGCAGUGGUCUGAUCAAUUGAGCCGUCGUUUCAGAAACUGGGCAUUGGGACCACCGAGUGUUGGAACCGGCGACUGUGCUGCUGUGAUGGCAGGAAAAUCUGGAAGAUUGAUGAAUGACAGCUGCACUGCCCUGCACCCAUUUGUCUGUUAUGGAGAUGUGGACUCAAUGAUCAAAAAACAGAUCAUGGAGGUGAAAAUAUCUAGUGAUAAAAUGACGAACCUGAACGAUGCAUCAGUGCAAGCUGUGAUCCUGUAUGAAAUUGAACGAAAACUGAAAUCAAACAGAAUUAAUCAAAAUGUCAAACUGAGCUGGAGAGUGAGGCCUGAUGGACGUGUCUUCAAGAAGGUUCAAUCUUAGUGUCAGUAGUGUAAAACUUUAAGCUGUUUUGGAAUUGCCUUUUUUGAUCUGAUACACAUAGCUGUUACUUUUUAGAUCUAAUAACGAUUAGAGGUAUGCUUACAGUAUAUUUAAAAAUUAAAAAUAUUAAAACAUAUAACAUUAAAUUAAAUGUGUCACUGUUUUUUUGUAGGACAUUAUCACCUGCAAACAUGUUAGCAGAAUGUGAUAUGUUUCAAAAUGCAUUUCUAUGUCUUUCAUUUGUGAAUUUAGGUAAAUGUUACAUUUAAAAGUGACAGUAAUGCAUGAUAAAUGACCCCAUCUGCCCUGGUUUAGAUAGUGUGAUGUGCAUUGGAAUAAAUAAUUAAUGCAGGAAUAUACCUUAAAUGAGAGCCAAUCCAGAUCAUCAGACAAUCAGAAAUAAAAAACAGGCUACUGUCAGGCCAUUUACCAACUAGACAAAUUAGGGAGAGUUUUGACAAUAAGGAAAGAACUAGGCAGCAUCAAACCAGAACAACAGUUAUAGGAAACUGGCACUUCUUUGUGAAGGUUGAGGUCAGGCUGGAUUUAUUCUUUACUACUAUUUUGCUGCUCAUCUUUCCAGCUCAUUUGCACCUACUUUUUCUUUUUGCAUUUUGCAUUUUGCUUACGCUCCAUGACAAACUGAGCUCCCUGCGUUUCUUCAUUACACAUUACAUUUUAUACAUGCUUUUUUCAUAAAUUUGCAUCAACUUCUGUCUAAAAAGGACCAAACACUAUAUCCGUUCAAAUGCAAUAUUUAGCUACUGUAACAUUUUCUGAUGAAUUUUUGUUGUUUUGAUGAAGAUACGAUGUGUAGUAAA